AUGUCCUCGUCUUCUCGCGGCCACCUUCACCAAGCCGCACAGACUUUUGAGCGGCCUGCGAAUUAUAUCACAAGAGCUCUCGUUGCGGCAUCCUAUCCUCUCCGAGGCAUCUACUACUUCCUCCGCCAUCCAGCCUACUACCCACUCUUCCUAAGCCGUCUCCUCCCCCUCUCCCUGAUUUCCGUGCUUGUAUAUACCAUUCUCUUCACCUUCGCGUUCCUACCGCAGUAUGCCUUCCUUGCUAUAUUCCACGGUUGGGGAGCGUGGGUAAACGCCGUGGUUUUGGUGUUGGGGGAGGGUUUGGUGAUCAUCCAAGGCUUGUUCGAAGGGUUCUUUGUGGAUGAGUGUCGCGUGGAUGUCUUUGAUGCAACACUCAUCGACAAGGGUCUGGUCGACCUCAUCACGCCGCAUCGCAUCAUCUUCCCAGACGCUCCAACCUCGGUCAAGAUGCUGGGCAAACCCUCGACCGUUGCUGUCUACCAACCGUGGAGCCUCGUCCAGAUUGCCGAGCUGAUCUUUUUCCUCCCUCUGAACCUUGUGCCGUAUGUCGGCGUUCCAGCUUUCAUCUUGAUCACCGGUGCCCGACUUGGGACAUUCGCGCACUACAGAUGGUUCGAGUUACAGAGUUUGACCAAGAAGGAGCGCAAGCGCGAGAUCAGCAGGAGGAGAUGGGACUACACGUGGUUCGGGACUGUGGCAAUGUUGUUGGAACUGGUACCCAUCUUGUCGUUCUUCUUUCUGUUGACUUCGACAACCGGCUCGGCUCUUUGGGCAGCUAAGAUUGAGCACAGCACACGUCAGCCAUCGCCAGCUCCAGCUGAGUCAGGCAUAACUCCUGAGCAUGCGGGAGAGGAGUCUCCUGAUUCGCCACCUCCACCUUACUCUGAUACUCCUGUGUGA